AUGGCUAAGACGACUUUCGGUGUAUGUUGCAUGAAGAAGAAGAUGAAUUCAGACUCCAUGGCAGAGCUGCUCAAGCGGCUCGAAACGACUGGAAAAUUCAAUAUCGUCCGGUUCGAAGAGCGCAUGAUCCUCAACGAGCCAGUUGAAAAGUGGCCUGUGGUGACGUGCCUUCUUGCGUUCGCCUCCUCUGGCUUCCCCUUAGAGAAGGCCAUUGAAUACCAACGGCUACACAAUCCGCUGGUCGUCAAUGCUCUGGAGGAGCAGAAGCUCCUCACGGAUCGCGUGCACAUGUAUGCGACUCUGAAGCAGGCCGGAAUUCCGUGCCCAAGUCACAUGGUCAUCGACCAUACCACAGCUCAACCGGGCGAUCUGCAGCAGGAUGACGAUAGAAUCAUUUUUCGUGGCAGAACCUUGAGCAGACCCUUCGUGGAGAAACCCCAAGAUGGGGAUGACCAUGAUGUUUGGAUCUACCACUCGACGAAAGAGGGUGGCGGUUGCACAAAGUUGCACCGCAAAAAGAAUGAUCAGUCCAGUGUGCGCGACUUCGAGCAGAAGCGCAUCAGAGAGAAGGGGAUUUUCAUCUACGAGCCCUUCCUCGACACACGUGGUCUCGACAUAAAGGUUUAUGCUGUGGGGCCCAACUACGCUCAUGCAGAGGGCCGAAAGGCUCCCAGCGUGGAUGGCCAGGUGGAGCGGCAGGCAAAUGGCCGCGAAAAACGCUACAACAUAGAACUGACCGAGCAGGAGAAACAGCUGGCCAGCAUGGUGGUCAAGGGCUUCAAGCAGAACGUCUGUGGCUUUGACAUCCUGCGCACUGCUGAUGCUGGCUCUGUAGUCUGCGAUGUUAAUGGAUUUUCGUUCGUCAAGGGCAACCAGAGAUAUUUUGACGACGCGGCAGCGAUCCUGACGGAGCUGCUCACGAAAGCUAAUGACACAAACGGCCAUCCACCCGUCAAGGCCCACCAGCAAAGCUGGCUUAAAGGCCUCGGGAAUUUGUGCAGCUGCUUCUGCCAAUGA